UAGUGGUGGCGGUUACGGUGGAAUAAGUUAUGGUGGCAUGGGAUAUGGAGGAAUGGGUGGCGGUGGAUACGGAGGAAUGGGUUACGGUAGUGGGGGAUACGGUAGUGAUGGAUACGGCGGAAUAAUGUAUGGAGGAGGCAUUAGAUAUGGGUACGGAGGAAUGGGUGGAUACGGAGGAAUGGGUGGAUACGGCGGAAUGAGUGGAUACGGAGGAAUGGGUGGAUACGGCGGUAUGGGUGGAUACGGCGGAAUGGGUGGAUACGGCAGAAUGGGUGGAUACGGCGGUAUGAGUGGAUACGGCAGAAUGGGUGGAUACGGCGGAAUGAGUGGAUACGGAGGAAUGGGUGGAUACGGUGGUAUGGGUGGGUACGGCGGUAUUGGUGGAUACGGUGGAAUGGGAUACAGCAGUGGUGGAGGAUAUUGGCCAGGUGGUAAUAAAUAUUGGUGGACACAUCGUAGAAGAAUUGGAGGUGGGGGGUGGCCACGCCCUAAGAAAGGGAGUGUUUACUAAACUGGUCCAUCCAGAAUGAUGCUGACGAUAUGGAAUUCCCUUUUAUAUAUACAUCUUAUAUACUAGUAGAUAUAAGUAAACUUUGAAGCACGU